GAUGGCUGAUGGGGAUGACCAGUGUGAUUUUGAUGAACUCCAAGCGUUACUAAGUGAUGCUGAGGAAGAUGUUGAGCAAAAUGGAGAUGAUCUAAACCCCCUCUCUGAUGAAUCUGAUGAUGACAUAUUUGCUCAACUUGAAGCUGAAGCUGCUGCAGAGAAGAAUGGUGAAAGUGACAACAAUGUACCAGGCCAAGAUGUUGAUGAAUGGGAUAAUGAAGAUGAAGAUGAAUUGUCAAGAAUGGCUGAUGAGGCAGAGCCAAUUGUUGAUAAUGCUGUGGCUGUGGAUCCAAAUGAUCUUUUUGGAGAUGUUGAUGAUGUCUCAAAUGAUAGCAUACCACCAAAGAAUGAUAGCAUUGAAGACAAAUCCAAAGCUGAAAUUCUUGAACAAAUGCGUAAGAUGCAAGAGCAGAUGGCACUCCUGCAGCAACAAAUCAUGAAUACGUCAAAAUCUCCAACGUCAACAAAAUCGCCAUCCUCUUCUGACAAAUCUCCGACUUUCAAUAAAACUGUGAAAAAAUCAUCAAGUUCCGCAGACAGAAGUUUUGCUGAUGCAAUAUUUGGAGAUGCAGGAUCAGCUUCAAAGAGGCCGAAAAAGAGCCAAUUAGAUAAAUUACUUGCGAAGAAGUCCGAAUCUGUUGUGCAUGGGGACGAUGACGCUGAAUGGGGAGAGGAAUUUUCUGAUAAGAAGCAGAAUCUCUCAGAGAGUGGAGAAUCCCUGAAUCAGUUGAUAAAAACUGGAGAGAGAAGUAGAAAAGCCCAUACACCAAGCUAUGACCCCAGUGCAAUCAAGAAGAAGUCUCCUUCAAACAGAGGUAGUUCAUUCUAUAACAAGAGCUCGGCCGCAGCUUCCCAAGCUUCAUCGAGGCCAAGUCCCAUGCAAAGUAAAAGUACCGAGCCCCAGGGCCCUUUCCCAGGCCAGAUCCAAGUCACAAAGCCCAAGCCUCCCGAAGAUGAAAAAGAUGUUGUCGUGGAUACAUUCUCUCAAUUAAGAAUAAGGAAACCACUGAUUUCAAGUACCUCUAUGAAACAGCGUAUGUCUGGCAGAAAGUUCAUAAAGAUGUCACACUUAUACAAAUAUAGGAACUCCGCAGAGAUUAAAGAGGUUGACUUGGUCACAAUUGGUGUGCUGGUGAGAAAAUCUGAACCAAAACUAUCAUCCAAGGGUAGCAACUACAGUAUUUGGAAACUCUCAGAUCUAUCGGACAAUGAUAAAAUUGUGUCUUUAUUCUGUUUCGGUCAAGUACAUGAGGAACUCUGGAAAACUCCUGUUGGUUCUGUAGUUGGAAUACUUAACCCUAACAUUAUGCCAGCACAAGAACGGGCAUCAGAUGAGAUGUGUAUUAGUGUAGAGAAACCAAGUAAAGUCAUGAAGAUGGGUGAAUCCAAGGACUUUGGUUCAUGUACAGCAAAGACAAAGGCUGGCAACAAGUGUACUCAAUUUAUAAACAUGAGACUGGGGGAGUUUUGUGCAUACCAUGUGCAGGCAGAAUAUAGGAAGGUGUCAUCACACAGAACGGAGCUACAAGCCAGUCAGGGGGUGGUUCCUAAGACCUACAACAAGGCAUUCCAACAGAAAGGUGCCAAAGGGGAAACAUAUGUCAUGUAUGAAGGACGGACAUAUACUUCCAGUAUAUCAAAUAAAGCAGCAGUGAAGAAGCGCAACCAGGUGAAUGUGAAGACCCUUCAGAAGCAUGCAGUCAGUCAGGGGAGCAAGAAGGUUAACACAAUGACCUUACAUGAGAUCUUACCUGAAGACAAGGCUGCCUUGAAAAAACUUGAGGCUGACAACAAGUCCAUGAAGCAAGAUCUUUUUUUGGAAGCGCUGGCAAAGCCUUCAGUUGGAGCCAUGAAUCUAGUCAAACAUCUCGUCAAAAAGGAACAUGAUCAAAAUGUGGGUAAAGUCCACAAAGAACAAAAGCUAAUGUCCAUUUCCUCAAGUGAGUUACUCAAGAUAGCAAGAAGUGGGAUGCAAGGCAAUAAAGAUGCAGCACAGUCUAAAGCUAAGCAGGCAGCAGCUCCUAAACUGAACCUCUCUGGACCCCCCAGGAUAGGACGUGGCCUCGCCCCAGGGCAGUCUGUAAAUCUAUUUGAAACUCCAUCUCCCAAGGCUGGAGACAACAGGAAGGUGGAACUAGCAAAGAAACGUGCCAUUGCUAAGCUCCAGCAGAAAGGUGGCAUGAAGAAAGAAAACCCAAAUGCAGUGGCCAGUCGGAACAAGACGCAAGAAAAACAAGAAAGUAUUAAAAAACGAGUAGCAGAAAGUAUGGAAGAUUCCAGUAGUGAGAGGGAAAACAAAGAAGAGGCUCCUCCCAAGAAGAAGUCUCGCUUCAUUGGUGGUCUAGAUAUGGAUGACCCAAAUGUUCAAAAAGUUGUCAAGGCCCGCUCUAAACACCAAUCAGAACUCUCAGAUAUGGAGGCUGAAAGAUUGGAGAAAUAUUUCCGCCCUCUGGAGAAGAAGGAGAUGUAUGAAGAGAAGAUGGCGAGUAUAAAAGAGAUGGUCUGUGAUGUUGUCAUAUGUGAUAAGUGUGACUAUACAAGCUUUAAAGUGAGUGCAAUGUGCAAAGACCUGAACCAUGUGGUGAGGCGUACCAAGGCUAAGAAACGUUUCUUCAAGUGCACCAACUGUAGCAACCACACCUCCUCAUUCUUGAGAUACCCCAAAGAGGCAUGUAGGUGUGGCAGCUCCAAGUACACGAGAGCUUCAAUGCUUAAGGAGAAGAAAGGUCCUAAGUUGGCGAGUGAGAAGUUGGUUCUUAGAGGGGAAGAAUCAAGCUAUCUCAAUUCUCUGAAUUCUAAUGCAGACACUAUGAACUUAUAGUCUCCUACCAGACACUAUGAACUUUAAUGCAGACACUAUGUAACUUUAAUGCAGACACUAUGCACUUAUGAUCUCUAAUGCAGUCACUAUGAACUUUAAUGCAGACACUAUGAAUUUAU